UAUUCACGAGUGCGCGAAUUUCCGCGGCGCGUGCCAAACACUCGCUGGACGCGAGCCAUCUUCCAUUGAUGCAGGGAAAGGUGCCGGCGGCACUGCGUGUUUACGAACGCACUCGAUCCGUAGAGGCGACGCGGCGGCGCGUGCCGCGCGCGUCCUCCUCAAAGUCGCCUGCCCGCCUUCUCUUUUUCCUCGACGGUUUUUUUUUUUUUUUUUGCCUUUCACGGACGGAACGCGUUCGUUUGAUCGCCGUUCGAUACAUUAUUUGGUUGCCCGUUGCGCUGGCUGACACAAUAGGGACAUCCUGAUCAAUACGUGGUAGUGUGCGUGUGUUUGUUCCUCUCCUGAUGCGAUGCUCUGAAGCGCUGCGAAAUAACGUUGACGUCUGAACACUCACGUCGAUCUUCUGUUGUGUCUUUCUUUUCCCUCGUCAACCAGAAAAUGUCUCAUACUGUUGAACACUGCCGACUGACCUCUUGUCAUUGAGUGACACUAUUUCUAUUGAAUUUUGGCCGCGCGUGCCCGUGCGUGUGUCACGCUGUUCAAUCGGAAAGCGCGUCACACACACACACACACACACCGAACUUGAUUUCCCUCCCGGGACAAACAUCAGUCAACGACUUUUUGGGCUUCAUCCCAGCCGCUGACUUCUUUUAGACCCACGGCCAACCGCCAGAUUGGAAUAUUAAAACAAAACAAAACAAAACAAAAAAAAAAAACAGAAAUGUGUGACCAGCAAGAAAAAGUCAAGAAGCAAACAGCCGCAGCCAACUGUGAAGAAAUGAAGCGGAACCGCCGUCACGCGCAACUGAAGUUCCGUCAUUCCGACGAAGAAGACGGCAACCAACACGGCCAUUGGACGGCUGAGGACAGCUCGCUCAGCGACGGCCUCCAGUAUCGUCGACACCGCUCCCGCGGUUAUCGCCUCCGCCGCGAGCAAAGCCGUGGCCGGCUCUCGCCUUCUGACGCCUCUUUCACUUCUUCCUUUGGUUCCUCUUCAUCUGCAUUCUCGUCUUCGUCAACGACCGGCUCCUCUGCUUCGUAUUCUUCAUCGUCCAACUCUUCCUCCACGACGGCAUCUUCGUCUAGUCUGCCGUCGGAGAUCAGUACCGAAAGUUGGGAUCGAUUUCUCCGCAGGAGGCCUCAGCAUUCCCAGUCUUGGACCAACAUUUCCGGGAAGGACGGCUUCGUGGAAGACGACGACGACGACGACACCGUACCUUUGGUUGGUUCCGGACCUCGCGACAGCAAACUGCAGAAACAAGCGGGAGGCAAGUCCGCUCGCGAUGGCGCCCAGCGAGCCACCCGGAAAACUCCAAAUAGUGCAAGUUUCCGCAAAUCCAAAUCGAUGGAGGCCCUCACUUGCCCCGCAGAAAAAGAGGCCCGCGCAAACCGGGAGGAAGACGGGGAAAAGCAAGUCCGAAAGAAUGUCAUGAAGGAGAAAAUGAAGUUCUCGGCGUUCCUAAACGAGAUCACGCGACAAGUGCUCAGCCCGAUGAGACUCAGCACUCUGGGGGUCACAGACGCUCAGAGAAAAAGCGGCGGGGGGGCCACCGCAGAGAGAUCCGGGAGCAACGCCGGACAGCACCGGAGUCGGCCCGUCAGCGCCGACUCGGUGAACUCCGGCAAGUAUUCUCACGCCUCGCUUCCCAAGUCGAAAUCCUCCAGCCGCCGCGGGGAUCGCCGCUCUCCGGACUCCACCGACGGGAUGCGACGCCGGCCCAGAAGCUGCACGGAUAUCGACGCUUCGGAAAGACAGCCGUCGCGGUCUCGCACUUCGCGGGAUCGCUCACAUUCGCCCUCUCGUGGGCAGCGCCGUCGUCCAAACCGAGGAGACGAGAUUGGUCGCCGCCGCCGCGGCCCGAGUCAUCGCAGAUCCCCUCGCGACAGAAGUCCUCGGCGUCGUCGCGGAUGCUGCAGUCCUGACCGAGGAGAUCGCUCCAGUUCCACUUCUCGUCACAACAGGCGUUCUCCUCGCAGUCGCUGUGACGACAACCACGGCGGAGAGCGCUGCCGACGUCCCCGUGGAUACGGCGGCCGCGUUCCUCACCGUAGAGAAUGUCACCGCGAAGACCGCCACGGCAGCAAUCCCGCUCAUCGUAGCGAUCGUCUAAAGCCAAGGCGUCCGACCGCACCGCCUUGUGGAAAUAAAACCCAAAGCGGGAAAAACAGCGAUACGUCCUACUCCAAACGUGACCACGGAGACCACCGAGGCUUUCCUCAGCAUCACUGCGGCGUUACCCGCCGUGAUCAUCAGAACCGUCACCGCGGCGGGGUCCACGGAGACGGAGCUGAUGAGUUUGAGCUCCAUCGCCACAGAGACCGUCAGAGGCCCAGUCGUCAAAAGCUGCAGGGACACCGUCAACGUCACCGCGGAGACGACCACGGCGGCGUACGUCAACGUGACGACGACGGGAGCCCGAGUUCCUAUCGAGAACGGCGCCGCGGAGCUCGUCGAAGUCCGAACCGCCCCGACGCUCCAGGAGACGGGCACGGUCCGGAUCACGAGGAUCGGCGCAGGAUUUUGCACGGAGAAGAUCCAAAUGUAUUGGAUCGGCACGGCAGAGAUCGGAGCCGUUUUCACCGUCAGCAUGGCCGCGGAGACCGCCAAAGUCCAGACCGCGGCCGCGUCCAUGACAACCAGCGUGUCGAUCAUCGUCAUCCGGAACCGCGUCAAAGCCGACACCUCUCCCAAAAUGAGUCCGAACUCGAGGACAAGGCCGGUCACGUCGUCGGAGAGCCCGCCGGCGGUCCGCCGCCGCCGCCGCAGGACAAAAAGGUUGUUCUUCCUUCCUGCUGGCCCGACUCGGCGAGAAAGAUGACCGGCCGCACCGGUCGGGAUGAGGAGCAAACGGACUUCACCGGCCCUUCCGUGCCGCAAGAAGCGCCUCACGAACUGGAUCGGAUCACGGUCCUUCGGGACGAGAACCAACGUCCGCAGCAGAGUUUCGUGACGUCGGCCCUCGACAUGGAAUGUCUGGGAGAAUUUUUAAGCGGCCAUAAAAUUCUGGAAGAGGAGCUCCAGAGGACCCGCGAGGAAUUGAGCAACCUCACGGAGAGUUUUAAAAUACUCCACGAGAACUGCUCAUCGGCACAACAGACAAACUGCCUCCUGGAGCAAAAACUCGACUGCGUGACUCGGAGCAUGGAGGGAGAGCGCCAGAGGUUGAGCCGACGGAUUUCGGCCUUGACGGAACAACUGGCCGCGGCCAAAUUUGCCAACCGCACCUUCGGCGUCCAAUCUGUGCCAAACACAACCGGCGACCGUUUUGACCCCGACGAGACCCCUCCGGCCCCGCCCCCCGUCCAGUUCAUGGACAGCCAGAGCUACGAAAGGGUCAAGGCGGCGGGCCAGGACCAAUGUCUGGGGUCGGUUCCGGAGGAGGAGGAGUCCGACUGGUCAGAAACGGGGGAACAGAUCCCGCGAUUCAUUCUGACGGGCUCGAACCGAAGUCAAGCGUGGAUCCCCGCCGAAGGGGACACGGACAAAGACGGCGAGUCGGGCGGGGAGGAGGAAGCGGUCCGCCUCGCGUCUCCUCGACCUCUGCACGUACCCCAUCUCCGGGUCACCGUCCACAAUGAGGUCUUACCCGCCCUGCCGGCCAAAGCGACGGCCGAGGACGCCUUCGGGGUCGGCCGCGGUCCCAAUCCGGGCUCCUCCGCCGUCCCGAUCAGGUCGGCGAGCCUGGAGGAAAUCCCGCUGGCGUGCCGGCUGAGAGGCACGGAGGCCGUCGUGGACCUCCGCCACCCCGGGGACGAAGGGCUCGAGGACUUCCAGAAUGAGAUCUUUCAUCAUUGGAUGGCGGCCGAGGUCGACAGCGCCCCCUGCAGUCUGCAGUCGGUGGACCAGACGCUAAACCGGUUCCCGCGUGAGCCGCAAGCCGCGGAGGGAACGCGUCUGCCCAGGUCCGAACUGCACGGCUGGACGGAGGGGAUUGCCGAGGAGGUGUUGGGAGGGGAGCAGACGCAACUCUGACGUCCAGAACAAAUCAGAACCCUGUGGUGUUUACAUAAUUCACCCGCGGGACCUCGAGUUGGGGUGCGGGGUUCCGCACGGACUGUUUUUGUCGUUGCGCUUCCGGAGUAAAGGUUAACAGAGAUCCCGCCGUUAUGCGAGUUGUGUUUUGAUGUCGAACAAUAAAGCGAGUUCUGUUCCUGUGUCCCACACUCCGCCUCCGAC